AUGGCUGGACCUGAAGAAAGGGGUGACAGAGUGUUCGGGCUCGACAAGUUCAACGGCGACAACUUUGCUGAGUGGUCCUUCAGAAUGGAGAACGUGUUUGACCACUAUGACCUGCUGGAGGUGAUGGAAGGAACAGAGAAGCGUCCCGAGAACGACCCGGAGAAGAGCCUGUGGGUGCGGAAGAGCGCACAAGGCUAUCUCCUACUUGGGCAAGCGUUGGGGAGCAACCAGAUCCGUCACAUCAAGCCUUUCCAGCGUGAACCAGAGAAGGGACCUAAAGCAUGGGCUGCUCUCAAGGGUGUACACGCUCCUGCAACAGCGGCGGUAGCUGUGGUGUUGGAACGGCAAAUGGCGACGCUACGAAUUGAAGAAGAUGAACCCGUGGAAGACGGGGUGCAGAAAUUCUUCGACUUGUUGACGCGGCUUGAGGGAGCUGAUUUGAACUACAGUGAGCUCCAGAAGAAGACCAAGUUGCUGGCCCUACUCCCCGAAUCGUGGUCCUCACUCAUCAUCAACUUGAACCGUGAUCUGCCCCGUCUCUCGCUUGAAGACGUGAAGCGCGCAAUCCUACAAGAGGACUUCCGCCGCCGUGAGUUGGCGAGUGCGGAUGGCGCUGGGGCAGCAAGCGUCGGCCGUGGAUAUGGCCGAGGAAGAGGCAGAGGACGAGGGGGAGGAAGAUUUGGUGGCAGCAACUUCGGCGGAGGCCGCGGGAGUGGCGGAUACGGCAGCGACGACAAGAGCUAUGGGCGCGGUCGCGGACGAUUUGACGGCGAAUGUCACUAUUGCCACAAGAGCGGGCACAUGUGGUGCGAUUGCUACAAACUCCCUGAUGGAUGGACCCCUGCUCAAGACCAAGAGGGUAGAGGAGCAGGAGGAGGGAGAGGCAGAGGCCGUGGAGGCCGUGGCGGUCGCGGAGGUGGAGCCGCGAACAUGAAGAGUGGAGAUAAAGACAACGACCCGAGCGACGAUCGGUACCCGGGUCUAUUCUACUUCGUGUCGACGCAAGUACCAGCUGGUCCAGAGAAGGAUGAAGGCUUUGAGGAGCCUGCUGCUGUGGGGAAAGUGACCCUACACCCCCUGGACUAUUGGGUGAUCGAUAGUGGCGCUACCUAUAGCAUGACACCUCGCCCCGACUUGCUCACCGAACUCGAGCCGUCACCGGUGAAGCAUGUCACAUCGGCUUUGGGGCAGCGAGCAGAGGUGAAAGGCAUGGGGAAGGCCAUGUUCAAGGGUGCUGAUGGGAAGAUGGUGGGCCUCAAGAACGUGCUUUGGGUGCCCAGCCUUGCUGCGAACCUGAUUUCCGUGCGGCGGUUGGCGAAGGCCGGCAUGGACACGAACUCGAAGGGAGCCAAGACCUACACCGCAAGGAUUGGCGACCGAAUUCUAUGGGACCUUCAUGAGGAUAGGGAUGUCUACAACGAGAUGUGGCAGAUCCCUGUGGUCCCUAAGCCCAAGGAGAGACAAGUGGCAGCAAGCGUCAGCACCAAGGGUGACGCGGUUGGUAGCGGUGAUGGCGCAAACGGUCGCGCUAAGGUGAACGAGCUCAGAAAGAGCAAACCUGGCGGGAACAGCAAGCUGUGUGAACCUAAGGAGAGAGGUGCAACAGCCAUGGAGCAGCACAAGGGUGAGGAGAACCCCGAGGCAGCAGCGAAGGAGGACUACGGAGAGAGUAUGUGGGGCGCUAUUGCGAGUGCGGCAUUCUCCAAUCCGACUUCGGCUACGGGGGAGUGUGAUUGGCUCACCUUGCAUCGGCGAAUGGGGCAUGUGGCCCUGCCCAUCUUGCAGCAGCUAGUGAAGAACCAGAUGGUUGCUGGCAUACGUGUGAAGGGGGAGCCCGAUGAGGUGCUUGGCUGCCCGACGUGCAUGCAAGCCAAGUUCACCCGUUUCCCGUUCUCUAGUUCGGAGGCAACGGCAAAGGCACCGCUUGAUGAGGUGAUUAUGGACGUGGUGGGCCCCCUGAAGCUUGGAGCUGCUGGAGCUGAGUAUUUCCUCACCAUAGUGGAUGUCUACACCCGCAUGACCUGGGUGUACGUGCUGGCCAAGAAGAGCGACGUGGCUGAAACGUUGAAGACGGAUUGGUUCCCGAUGGUGGAGCGGCAACAAGACCGACUAGUGAAGUCAAUCCGCACCGAUCGAGGGGGAGAGUUCCUGAGCAAGGACUUUUCGUUGUGGCUGAAGAAGAAUGGCAUAAGGCACUCCCUUACCAUGCCAUACUCCCCUGCAAUGAACGGCAUCGCCGAGCGAGCGAACCGGACGAUCACGGAGGCGGUUCGCGGGUUGCUCAUUGAAGCCAGGCUACCCGACUAUUUCUGGCCUGAUGCGGAAGCCAAAUGUGGAUAUGCUUCGGGUGUUCGGGUGCAUGUGUUGGCGCUCGUGCCUAAGCAUCUUCGGCACAACAAGCUUGGUGCCAAGGCGGUGUGGGCCGUGCACUUGGGCAUGGCUCAAAACAGCAAGGGGUGGCUUCUUUGGGAUCCAUUCACCAAGAAGUUCAUGGUGAGCAGGGACUGCAAGUUCAUGGAAAACUUCAUGUACAAGGAUUGGAAGGCGGAGAAUGAGGCAAAGAUAGGCGUGCGGUUUGGGGAGGUGAAGAGUUCCGGGUUGGAGCAUGUGGAGCUGCCUUUGGAGCUGAGCAGCGGCAGCACCACCACAAGGCAAUCUUCCCUUGUGAAUGGGGGAGAGGAGGCCAAGGAUGCAGAGGAGGAAGAGGAGGAGGUGCAGCAACAACGCCAAGGCCUUCAAGUCCCUGCAGCUGAGGAAGGAAGGGUGAAGAGGAAAGUCCAACCCCCUAGAAGGCUGACAUAUGAUGCGCCGGGAGAGCCGGGCAAGACGGCCCUGGCCGGAGCGGCAAUGAUGGUCGGAGACGACGAGGAAAGCGACUACGAGGAGUGUGCCUUCGCGUUCUUCUCUCCGGUGGAGAUGCCGGGGGAACCAGCAACUCUCAAGGAGGCCUUGGAGAGUGGUGAUGCUGAGGAGUGGAAGAAGGCAAUGGAGAGUGAGCUGAAGAGCAUUGAGGAGAACGACACGUACGAGUUGGUGGAGCUACCGGAGGGGCGUACGGCGAUUACGUCCAAGUGGCUCUUCAAGAUCAAGUCCGACGCCGACGGCAAGAUCGAGCGCUACAAGUCUAGGCUGGUGGCCAAGGGGUACCAGCAGAAGGAGAAUGUGGACUACAAGGAGCUGUUUGCUCCUAUGGUGAAGCCGACGACGCUGCGAACCCUACUCGCGGGAGCCGCGAUCAAAGGUUGGGUGGUGAAGCAGCUAGACAUCGUAACGGCGUUCCUCAACGGAAUCCUCGAGGAGGAGAUUUUCAUGGCGCAGCCAGAGGGGUUUGAUGACGGUAGCGGCAGAGUGUGGAAGCUGAAGAAGGCCCUCUAUGGGCUGAAGCAGGCCCCUAGACAAUGGUACCUGAAGCUGCGUGAAGUGUUGGAGGAGAUCGGCUUCACUCCCUCAACGGCCGAUCACUCCUUGUUCAUGCUUGGCGAGGGGGAGCAGAGGAGCUUCAUGGUGGUGUACGUGGACGACAUCCUGAUCUUCUCACCCUCCUCUGACCUUGUGAAGGAGGUGAUGCUGAAGCUGCAAGACAAGUUCAAGUGCAAGUCCCUUGGGGACGUGAACUUCUACCUUGGGCUCCACAUCGAACGAGACGUGGAGAAGCGGUGCAUGCGGGUGCACCAACGCAAGUACCUGGAGGCAUUGGCUGCCAACUUUGGGCAGAAUGAAGGCCAUGUGGCUACACCCUUUCCCUCUGGGUUCAAGUGUGUGAAGGGACCAGAGGAGGAGAGCGUGGGUGAAGAGGAGAGGCGCCGAUUUCACUCGUUGGUGGGCAGCCUCAUGUAUGCGGCAGUCAACACACGACCGGAUGUCGCGUUUGCUACCGGGCAGCUAGCUAUGGUGGUGCAAUGCCCUGAGGAGCAGGUAGCUGCUGGAAUGAGGGUGGCCAAGUACCUUGGCCAAACACCGACUGUUGGGCUGCAAUACUCGGCAGCGGCACAAAGGCGCCAAAAGGGCGCGGAUGGUGUGGAACCCGGGCGUUUGUUCCUCACCGCAUUCUCGGAUGCCUCCUAUGCAUCGGAACCAGAGGACAUGACAAGUGUUGGAGGGUUCAUUUGCUGUGUUGGUGGAGGUCCAACUGCUUGGGAAAGCAAGAAGCAGGUUGACCAAGCUUUGAGCUCGGUGGAGUCCGAGUACAUGGCACUCUUCCGUGCGGUACGGGAGAUUGUGUGGCAGCGACGCUUGUUGGCUGAAUUGGGGGAGGAGCAGCAAGGACCUACCCCACUCUACUGUGACAGCCAAGGAGCCAUUGCUCUAGCCAAGAACCCUGUGUUGCAUGGCCUGACAAAGCACAUGAGGGUGAAGUGGCACUGGACAAGGAGCAUGGUGGCUGCGGGUGAAGUUGAGUUGCGCUACGUGAAGACGACGGGGCAGCCGGCAGACAUGAUGACCAAGAGGCUGGUGGAGCAGCAGCAUUGGAAGUGUUGCAAGCUGGCUGGGAUGGCUCUGAACUGA